AUGGCGGAUAACAAUAGGCCCGUCCUGUUUGUGAUCAACGACUAUCGGACGUGCAAAGCUGGAUUUGCGGGACGCGAUUCCCCAAGCGUUGUCUUCCCCUCUGUUGUUGGGAGGAGCAGUGGGGCAGAGAAGGACGUCUAUGUGGGAGCGGAAGCCCAGAGCAAGAGAGACAUCCUGACCCUGAAGUACCCCAUGGAACAUGGAUACGUCAACAACUGGGACGACAUGGAGAAGAUCUGGCACCACACUUUCUACAAUGAGUUGCGAGUGGCCCCUGAGGAGCACCCGGUCUCGCUCACUGAACGGCCCCUCAACCCCAUACAAAGCCAGGAGAAGAUGACACAGAUCAUGUUUGAGACCUUCAGCACGCCUGCCAUGUAUGUGGCCAUCCAGCCGGUGCUGUCUCUGUACGCCUCGUCUCGAACUACUGGGGUGGUCCUUAAUAUACGAAACAACUAUGGUGAAAUUGUGCCUAUUCAUGAAGGUCGCGUCUUGCCACGUUCUCUUUUUCGUUUCUUCAUGUGUGGUCAGGACUUGACCAACUAUCUCCUGAAGCUCCUCACGGAAAGGGGCUACAGCUUCACCAAUGAGGCAAGGAGAGGGAUGGUGAGGGACAUCAAGGAGAAGCUCUGCUACGUCGCCCUGGAUCUUGAGCAGGAGAAGAGCUAUGAGAUGCCAGAUGGGAAGGUGAUCACCAUCUGGAAUGAGCGUUUUCGGUGCCCCGAGGCCCUCUUCCAACCCUUGCUCAUGGAGCAAGAGUCAGGCGGCACACAUGGGGGUCUGUGGGAAACCAUCAGGCACUGCGACACUGACCUCCAUCCAUACCUCUACGCCAAUACCGUGCUAGCAGGUGGGAGCACCAUGUUCUCUAGCUUUGUGGAGAGGAUGCACUCAGAGAUGACAGCCAUUGCUCCAAAGAACAUGAAGAUCAAUAUCAUCGAUCCACCUGAACACAAGAACUCAGUGUGGAUUGGGGGGUCCCGCCUGGCUUCUCUCUCCACUUUCCGACACAUGUGUAUCAGCAAGGAGGAAUACGACGAGGCUGGCCCGACCAUUGUCCACCGCAAAGGCUUUCACUUUUGUGCACCUGAUUAUUCGCAGAUGUUUUGA